AAUAAUACUAAAAUCUAAGCAACAACCAUGAAAAUGGAUACAAUAAUUUAUUGUGUCUUCACAUUUGUAUUAUUCUUAUUGGUGCAUCUUGGAGAAAGUGCUGAAGUCAAAGUUCCUGCAAAACCUGGUAAAGAUGUUGGCCCGGCUUUGUUGAAAGCUUGGGAAAAAGCAUGUAAGGCUAAAACUCCCAGUACCCUUGUGAUCCCAAAAGGCACAUACCCAAUGACUCAAGUUCUACUUAAGGGCCCAUGCAAAGCCUCAUCAAUUGAGCUUCAAAUCCAGGGUACUUUGAAGGCCCCUCCUAAUCCUAACGAUAUGGAAUGCAAAAAAGAAUGGAUAACUAUUAAUUACGUAGAUCAUUUCACACUCUCUGGCGGUGGUACUCUUGAUGGUCAAGGAAAUGUAAAAGUUUAUGCAGCUAAAGAAAAAGGUUUUAAAAGUGAUAAGCUGCCUAAUAAUUUGAGCUUAAAUUUCCUAAAAAAUUCAGUUAUUCGAGAUAUAACAACUCUAAACAGUAAAUUGUUCCACGUCAAUCUUUUUGGUGGAAAGAACGUUACAUUUGAUCAUUUCACUAUUAAAGCGCCAGCAGAUAGUCCCAAUACAGAUGGAAUUCAUAUUGCCAAAAUAGUUGAUGUUACAGUUAAAGAUUCUGUUAUAGGAACCGGAGACGAUUGCAUAUCCAUUGGGGAUGGACUAGAAAACCUUAACAUCACUGGUGUGACAUGUGGGCCGGGACACGGCAUUAGUGUGGGAAGCCUUGGCAAGACCCCCGGUGAGGAGCCGGUGAAGGGUGUCUUUGUUAAAGACUGUAAAUUUAUUGGUACAGAUAACGGUGUUAGAAUUAAAACAUGGCCUAAUUCUCAUCCUGGAGUCGUAACUGAUAUUCAUUAUGAGAAUAUAACCAUGAAAAAUGUCAAAAAUCCAAUUGUGAUUGAUCAAGAAUACUGCCCAAAUAACGAAUGCUCAAAACAGAAACCAUCAAAAGUAAAGAUCAGCAAAGUAAGCUAUAAGGACAUAAAGGGUACUUCUGCAACAAAGGAAACAGUGAUCCUUGCAUGUAGCAGUGGGGUGCCAUGUGAAGAUGUUGAAAUUGGUGAAAUUGAUUUGACCUUCAAAGGGGGUGCUAAAACUAUUUGUUCAAAUGUGAAACCUAAGCUAACCGGAAAGCAGUGUCCCAAAGUGACUUGCAAAUGAGAAAUUUUUUGUGAGUUUUUCA